AUGUUUUUCAAGGUUGCAUUUUUUGCUCUUGUGGCUGUUGCUUCAGCCCAACAUGGACAUCAAGCCACUUCCUAUGCUUCAUCCAACAGCUACAACAACCACAUCUCCCAUGAUUACCAUCAAUCUGCUCCAGCCCUCCUGAAGGUUGCUGCUCCGAUCGCUACCUAUCAUGCCCCAAUUGUCCAUCAUGCUCCAGUAGUCCACCAAAUUGCCCAUGUUGCUCCAGUUGUUCAUCACGUAGCUCCAGUAGUACACCAUGUAGCUCCAGUCCUUGUGAAGGCUGUCCACCAUGAACCGGAACACUACGCCCCAGCUAAAUACCAAUUCAAAUAUGGCGUCCAUGAUACCCACACUCAUGACAUCAAGGAACAGGAAGAAUCUCGCAAUGGAGAUGUUGUCAAGGGUUACUACUCCCUUCUUCAACCUGAUGGCCGGACCCGCAUUGUCCACUACACCGCUGACAAGCACUCUGGUUUCCAGGCCCAAGUUGAAUACAAGGGACAUGCUGCCCAUCCAGAAGUUGUGCACAAAGCUAUCUUGGCUCCAGUCUAUCAUCAUUAA